AUGAUUAGAUUUACUAGAAUUAAAAAUCACAAUUUAUCAUUUAUUCCAAUUACCAUUAUUCAAUAUAGACAAUUCACAUAUUCAACUAUUUAUUAUCAAUCACCAAUCUUGACAAAUAAUUCUCCAUCUUUUUCAGGAAUUGAUAAUUCAAUUGAAUCAAAUAUUCUUUCUGAAACUAAUAAAUUAUCUAAAAUUGGUAAAAGAUUUUGGAAAAAUGGUCAAGUUAAAUUUAAUAAACAAACUGAAAAAUAUGAAAUUCAAUUAGAUGGGAAAACUUUACGUACACCACUUGGUUAUCCAUUAGAAUUACCAAAAAAUAAAAAACAAUUGGCUUAUUUAAUUGCUCAUGAAUGGACUCAUUUACCUGAUAUUAAAGUAAAAUCAAGUACUUUACCAUUAACAUCAUUAGUUACAAGAGCUAUAGAUUUAAGUAACCAAGAAAAUGUUAAAGAAAAAAUGUUAGAAUUACAAGAUAUUAAAUUACAAAUGUUAAAAUAUCUUGAUACUGAUACUUGUCUUAUAUUUGCUACUAAUAAAGAAUGUGAUGGUAAAUUAAGAAAACGUCAAGAAGAAAUUUAUCGUCCAUUAAUUAAAGAAUUUAAUGAAUUUUUCACCAUGUAUGGUCAUAAAAAAAAUUUAAUUCCAAUUAAUCAAUCAAUUGAAUUAAAAUAUUUAGAUUGUGAAAUUGAUGGAUUAAAAGGUAAUAAACAACUGAAAAUUAUUCAAGAAAUUGUUUUAAAUUGGUUAAAUCAAUUACCUAUAUAUGAUUUAAUUUCUUUAGAGAAAACUAUUUUAAUUACUAAAUCAUUUUUAUGUGGAAUUAUAUUAUUAAGAUCAAAUGUUAAUAAUGAAUUUUUUUUAAAAAAUUUAUAUCAAUUUAAUAAAAAUUCAAUUAAUAAUAAUAAAAAAGAUUAUUAUUAUAAAUCAUUAGAAGAAUUAAUUGAAUUAGGAAAUUUAGAAACUAUUUAUCAAACUAAACAAUGGGGGGAAGUAGAAGAUACUCAUGAUGUUGAUAAACUUGAUUGGUUAAGAAAUUUGGCUAGUGCUGCUUUAGUUUGUCAUGAUAAUUAA